AUCGUGACGUCACGACGCAAAGCUGGACUCGAUUGCAUGUGGCAAAAUAUACAGGUUAUACAUUUAAUCCAGUAUUGUGAAUCUGUAUAUAUAUAAUAUGGACGAAAAAGAAAAUGAAAUUGUUGGUUUGAAACAACUGAAAGGCUAUCGUGCUUGUUUUGUUCCGUUGUGUGCAAAUAAUUCAAAAAAUGCACCCGAUAAAAUUUACGUGCAUGUCCCUCAAGAUGAAAAAAGACGGAAACAAUGGUGUCAACUUGCACGACGUGUAUAUCAGCCAACAAAAUCAAACUUAUAUUGCUGUCAGGAUCAUUUAAAUAUAGAAGAAGAUUUGGAAAACUACAUUAGAUUCAAAUUGUAUGGAGCACCUCUGAAAUUAAAGGAAAAUGUAGUACCACGGUUUUUUGACUGCCAAAUAGACCGUAAAAGAGCUGCAAGUAGCCCAGUUCCUAGAAGAGCAUACAAAAAAUUGAAAACAAGGAGAAUUUUAAAUGAAAUGUUAGCUGAUAAGCAAGAUAUUGACAGUUGCCUUCAAAAAGAAAAAGAAAUAAUAUCACCAACAGAAGAACUUGCAGUAGCAACAAUAAGUUCAGCAAGCGAAUAUCUACCGGAGCAAAGAAGCAACAUUGUUAUGCAUGGAGAAAAUGCAUUGGAAUCUGUACCAAGCACAAGCAAAGCAAAUCCGUUAAAAGAAAUGAACGAAUCCUCUAAGUUCAUGAAUAAAAGUACUCAAGUGUCAAAUCUUCGAGCACACUUUAGGAGUAAAGGAGUUUCAUGUCAGCUUUUAAAUGAUUGUACUGCAUGUACUUCGAUUGCUGCAAAUGUUAAACGUGUAGUAGAUUCCGCGAAUUCACCUAUAAAAUGGGAAAAUAAGAAUAUAUGCCAUUCGAGCACUACGGUGACGACAACAGCAACGAGUUCAGCGACAAAUCCCACCGUAAGCGAGUAUCAUCCUUCAUCGGGCGAAAUUAAAGAGGAAAUGGAAGAAUGCGAUGCUCAUUUAAAACGAGAAGCUUUAAAUAUGACUAAUUAUUUUAUUAGUUGUGAUUCUAAACGAUAUAUCGGAAUCCCUGUAAACUGGUUAUGGAUAUUAGAUCAUCUACAUAAUGAAAUUAAUAUGAGUAUUGAUAAUAUCAAGCUUACUCUUACAAAAAUAAGAUUAAAUGACACUUUUGUGCGAUUAGGAGAUCAGUUUGGUAUUAGUAGUACGCAAGCCAGCAAAAUAUUUAAUAAAUGUAUAAUUAAAUUAGCUAAUGUAUUAAAAACACUUAUUUACUUUUCUGACAAAGAAAGUGUGAAACGAGCUUUACCGAUACCAUUCAGAGCCAAUUACAGUAAUGUGGUGGCAAUUAUCGAUGCGUUUGAAAUACAAAUAGAGAAACCAUCAAAUCCCGUACAUCAAGCGCUUACAUGGUCGGAAUAUAAAAAAUGUAACACCAUUAAAUAUUUAAUUUCGUCUUCACCUGAUGGUAAAAUUAAUUUUAUUUCCAAAGGUUACGGAGGUAGAAUAUCAGACUGUGUUUUAUUUGAAGUAUGUGGUAUAUUGGACAAGCUACCGGAAAAUAGUGCUGUAAUGGCUGAUCGUGGAUUUAAACAGAUUGAAACUAUAUUAUUAAAAAAAAACUGUAAGCUUAUUCGACCACCGAGUGUUUCAUCAAAUAUAAAACCCUCUAAAUCACAAGUAUUAGAAACAAAACGAAUUGCUAGCCUACGAAUACACAUUGAACGUGUUAUACGAAGAAUACGUGAAUUUAAAAUGUUAGUACCUCAUGCCUGUUCGAACCAUUGUGUUAUACCAAUUAUAGAUCAUGUAGUGACAGUAUGUGCAGGAUUAGUCAAUAUUCAAACACCUAUUAUACUAACCUAAUAAUAUAUGUAUAUUUUUAA